CGCGAAACGGUGCAGAUCCACGACCGCGAUCCGCUCGUCGUCGAUGGCGGACCCACGGCGAGAGAAGAAGUGGGCGAAGCAAGCGACCGUCCCGACGUUUGCUGCGCCACCGGUCGCCGCCGACACGGUCGCCACGGUCGCCACGGAGAAGCAGCUGCAGUACAUCCGCGUCCUCGAAGAGCGCAAUCGCAUCAAGAAGAAGCUCGAAGAGCAGUCUCGGAACGACCGCGACCUCGAGGAAAAGGAGAGCGGGUUUAGCACCAACUUUAACGGCGAAAACGCGUCGCGGAAGCCGCGCGCCGCGUCGGCCAAGCCCCGCGCCAAAUCCGCGGCCAAGCUCAAGAGCCACGGGUCGACCGCCGAGCUGCGGCCACGCGCCGAACCCAAGCGCGAGACCAAAUCCACGUCGGCGCUGCCGCUGCAUAGCGCUACCGAUGUCGCACCGCGCGUCAAGCAAAAGUGGGCCAAACCGCAAGGUGUGGUCGAGCAGCGUGACGGGCGCAUCGUCUUUGUCGAUCCAAACGACUGUACCGAGGACACUAGCAACCAGCCACUUGGUGCUAGCCUGGAACCACCAAGUGCCAGCCUAGAACCGCCUAGGGCUGGCCUAGAACCACCGAGUGCCAGCCUAGAUCUACCACGUGCGGGUACACAGCCAUGCGCGAGUACCUCUGACGGCAACGCGACACUGGCUAUGGCCAUCCCUGUCGACGCCAAGCCCGAGCCUGCAAGCGCCUCUGCCGACGAAAAGAGCGACGACGAAGCGUACUUGGACGAGUCCUUUGAGGAGUUUGACGACGACGCCAGUGCCAAGGGUGUGGCAGCAGCACCGAUACAGGCUGUCGUCCGAACGUGUGCGCACGAAGACGCCACGCCACCGUUCGACGUCGGGCCCGUCGACGCCAUGAGCCAAACGACCAAGGAGCUGCUCUCGCUCAUCCACGGCCUCUCGCGGGACAAGCAAAAGGCACUCAUCUCGCGACUCAAUAAGUUUACCACCAGCGAGAAGCAGGCCGCGGACGUCUCGGAGCUUGAAGAGUCGAUCGGUGACCCAACCAUUUGGCAGCAGCUCACCGCUCCCAUCUCGGAGCUCACGCAGAAGCAGCGCGCGUGGGAGGCGGAGAUUGAAGCCAAGCUUCAGCACGAGCGCGCCGAAAAGGAAACGCUGCUCGCACAAGCCGAGGCGCGGCGCCAGCACUUGCUGCAGCAGCUUGACGCCGAAGAGAAGGAGCUGCAGCAGCUCCUCGCAAAGCGACGCACCGAGACACUCGAGAAGCUGCGCCAAGUUGAAGAAGCCACGCGGCUUCCGCUGCCACCGUGUGCGAGCCCGACCACCAAACCAAUGGUGCGUGAAGGCCCCCCACCAACUGCGCAGCGCUCGACAGCCGAGCCAGUUCGAGAGAGUGUCUCGGUCGAGAGUGCGCCGCUGCCGCCCGCACCAGCACUUGUGGCCACCUCGAUGACUGCGCUGCCCAAGGAGACUGCUGCGGUCAUGCACGAGGUUCGGCUCAAGCUGCUCUCGUCCUGGGGCAAUAAUACGCGCGUGCUCGGGCUCACCCAGGUUUCCGUGUACGACAUGGAGGGUAACGAGGUCGACGUGCCGCUCGAGUCGCUCAAGCUCUACAGUGGCCAAGCCGACAUGCGUCCGAUCCCCAAGUCCAACGGGAUGGUGCGCGACCUGGCGCGGCUCUUCAACGGUGUCGCAUACACCACCAACGAAAAUGACAUGUGGCUCGGUCGCCAGAUCGACGCCAACCCGCUCCAGAUCGCUUUUUCUGUCGGUGUUCUCCCCAGCAAACUCUGCAUCUGGAACUACAACAGCAAACUCCAAGCCGCGUGCGUCCGAGACGUCGAGGUCUUUGUCGACAACCAGUGCAAGUGGUCCGGGUCCCUCCCAGAGUCUUUUGGUGCCGAGGAUGAAUCUGCCUGUACCUGGAUCAACGUUGUCUCCAACAUGCGCAAGAAGGCGCCACCUACCGCAGCCCCCAAGCCGCUUCCCGAGACGCCACGUCACGAGACGGCCAAGAGCGUCGCCUCAAGCGGCCCCAUCUGGCUCAACGCAGCGUCGACGACCAAAGUGGAGCCUAUAGCUGCACCAACCGCCCGAAGAGAGCGCGAGAUCAAGUCCCUCGACCUCUCGCGCGUCGGAGCCGAGCCAAGUGUGCUGCGUCAGUCGACGAGUCGGCGACGACUGGCCGAGCCAAAACUCGAGGUGGAGCCGAAAGCCGAGGCGCCGGCCCCUGUGCGUGCCAUGCCGUCGUUGCAAAGCUCUUGGGACACGCUCGAGCAUUUCAAGAAGACGAACCGCAGCCGCUUACCCCUCGAGGUCGGUGACACGACGCCGCGACACACCACCGCCAUCGUGCCGCCCCUCAGCUCCACCGAGCUGCCCCGGUCGUUUGUCGGCGAGACUCCUCGGCUGCCUGUCACCGACGCAACAUUGCACCAAGACCGCCCGGCGAGUGCGAUUCCGACGCUGCCGCGCGGCCGCACGCUUGUGUUUGAGUGGCUCACGACGUGGGGCGACCCGUACUACGUUGGUCUCAACGGCAUCGAUGUCUUCACUGAGACUGGCGUGCUUCUGCGCCUCGCCAAGUCAAGUGACAGCGGUGCCUUCGAGUAUCAACGGCUGCCCGAGUACGCCAACGAGCAGGACCCGCGCGUCGCCGCCAAUUUGGUCGAUGGCGUCAAUUACACGUGCGACGACCUGCACAUGUGGCUGGCCCCGUUCACGCCACAUCAAGUGCACUCGGUCACGCUGCAGCUCGAGGCGCCAACCACGCUCUCGAUGCUUCGGAUUUGGAACUACAACAAGUCGCGCGCGCAUAGCUUUCGCGGCGUCCGGGACACGCGCAUUCUACUUGAUGGCCGCGAGAUCUUUGUCGGCGAAGUGCGCAAGGCCCCUGGCAUCCUCGGUGCCAUCGACCAGUGCGCCGAAGUGGUUCUCUUUACGACCGACGAGGCGGUGCUGCGCGCGAUUGAGCAGAGCGACCCCGACCCCACCGUCGACGCGACACCUGCAGCGCUGGAGCCGCAGCCGGUGAUUCCUCGACCGUCGACCGCCGAGGCCGAAGCGGAUGUGCGCCCCAAGACCGCCGUGGUCACAAGUCCCGUCCAGGUCGCCAGCGCCGGGGGGCGAAAAGGCCGGACGAUCAAGCUCGUGCUGCAGACGACGUGGGGGGACCGCAACUACGUCGGCCUCACGGGGCUCGAGCUAUACGUGUCAAGAGACGGCACGGUGACAUCGCUUCCACUGGCGCUGCCCGAAGUGGGCGCGACACCCCGCGACUUGCACACGCUUGGGUACGACGGCGACCCCCGUACACUGGACAAAUUGAUUGACAAGACGAAUGUCACGUGCGACGACUGCCACAUGUGGCUCGUGCCAUUCGGUGGCGCAUCGGCCCCCGAGGUGACCAUCACGCUGGGAAGAGACGUCGUGUGCGUUGGCCUCGCGGUGUGGAACUACAACAAGUCCCAGGAAGACACGAGCCGCGGGGCCAAAGCCGUUCAGAUCUUCGUCGACAGUACGCUCGUCACGACCACGGUGCUGCGCAAGGCGCCGGGCCACGCGCUAUUUGACUUUCGCCAGUUUGUGCCACUGGCCGAUGGGAGUGCCGUCGCCAACAGCGCUCCCAUCGGAGGCUACAAGACGCAUCUCGUGCGACAAGACUACGAGCCACCGCUGCACCCGUCGGGGUUUGUCCUCAAGUUUGUGCUCUGGAGUACGUGGGGCGACCCGUACUACGUCGGUUUAAACGGCCUCGAGAUUUACAACGACCGCGGGCAGCUACUACCGCCGCCUGCUGUGCUUCUCGCUGACCCCAACGGCCUCGCCGACAGCCCCCACGACGCGCGCGUCAUCGAGAAUCUCUUUUGCGACGCCGACAACAACACGUGGGACGCGUCCCACGCAUGGCUCGCGCCACUCGCGUCGUCGCUCGGUCAGUUUGCGGGCAACAUCAUUUACGCCGUGUACGAGACGCCCAUCUGCCUCGGUAUGAUCAAAGUGUUCAACUACGCCAAGACGCCAGAGCGGGGCGCGCGCGAGAUUGAAAUCUACUUGGACGAUCUCAAGCUGUACAUGGGAUCGCUGCGCCAAGCCCCGCCGGCCCCAAGCCUCGCGCGCACGGGCAAGCUCCAGCAAGCGAUCGAGUUUGGGCAGCCGAUUCUGUUCACGCUCCAUCCGGGCCUCGUCGAGGCCGAGAAGCGCAAACUGCUCUACUGCGGCGCGGAGGAGCAAGAUGUGCUCUGCAUCAACGAAGGCCAAGUCAUCGUCGAGUCCAAAGCCAUGUACCGCGCCCCGGAUCCCGGAGCCGAAGGUGUGGUCGUCGACCUCUUGCAGCGGCCAACGACCGCGAUGAUUCGCCAGUAA